CUCCUUACGUCCGCAACCCCGCGCAACAUCGCUUGGAAAAAGUUCUAGAACACUCGUUUUUUUCCCCCCUCGUCCUUUCCUUCGAUUCCCUCUCCUCUUACGAGUGAAAGAAUCUUUCUCGUCGUUUCUAUUCUACAAGAUCGUGCAAGAGAAACGUAGCAAAUGAUAAUGAAUUUCUUACGAUGGUCGAAACGCCUCCUUCGAAAACGUUGUUCUCUCUUUCGAGCAAGGAUAUCGAUUGGUGGAAACGAGAAAGAAGAUUGAACGAUUGAACGAACGGUGAUUCUUCUCGAAGUGACACGUUUUUGAAGAAGAAAUUUUGAAACUUUAAGGAAAAAGAGAAAUAAAAAUUGGAAUUUUCGUGAUAUAAUAUUUCAGGUUAAGUUUGAAGAUAAAGGUUAAGAAUAUUUCAUGAGCUUUUCUUCGAAGAUUUAAGAAGGUUGAAGCAAACGAAUUCUCGGGGAAAUAAAAUUUCCUUCUGGUAGUGGGAUAAAUUCUAUUUCUGGUGGAAGUAUACUAUUUUCGAAGAUUUUCUAUUUUCGUCCGACACGUUCAAUCUUACGCAAUUGAAGGUGAAAACUGGACGUGCAAGUUGAAUCGAACGUUAACCGAGAAUCGAUCGUUCAAAAUGUACGUUGACGAGUUUCUGGCGCGAAUCACGAGUCGAGAUUGCUCUCUUCUUAAAAUUCUGCGAAUGGCAUCCUCGUCGUCGAAGACGAGAAUCCUAGUGUGAUUCGGUUUAGGAAUCGUUCGAAUAAGAGUUGGAGGUCGAUCCGUCUAAAGAUAGUGGUUCGAAGGUCUCCGCGAAGGAAUUUGGGAGCCAUUUUGGGAAGUUGAGACGAGGGAAGAAUCAAAAUAGGAGGGGGAGGGAAAUAAAAUUGAAUAUUAAAGUUGAUAGAAGAAACUGCCAAAGAAGUAUUAAAUAUUAAGUGGAAGAAGAAGAAAAAAAAAAAGGCUCGAAGAAAUACUCUCGUUGGUAAUUGGUCGUAGCCACUUUUCGAGAAGUGUAUCGAAGUGGAACUCGAAGGAAAAAACUAACAGGAGCAUCAUUUAACGUUGUCUAAGGAACGCGCGCCGCUCGAGUGUACUUUGAUGCGAUGAAUCAACCGAGGUCGAAAUAAAAAGGAAGUUAUCGAAACGAACGUUCGAAGAGUCUUGUUAACGAAGGAAUAAUGCCACCUUUCAUGCCUUCCUUUCGUUACAUUCCCAUCCCGUAGCCUGUACCUUUCUUUUCUUCGAAGAUUCAAUCGAUCAAACCAACACGUGUCCUAUUCUCGAGUAAAAUCAAAAUCGAGAAAUUACUCGAGAUUAUCAUCCAAGAAGAUCUUGGAAAAUAUUUCAACGAUUCGUACACGCUACUAAGACGAGGAAAGGAUGGAUGUUUUAAGAAGGAAUAUCGAUCGAUUAUCGAGUAGAAUCUAAAGAUAGAGGAUCAAGAGCGGGGAAGGGUUUUCUCGCGGCAAGAGGUCAGCAUGGCAGUCGACAACCCCUCGUACUUCUCGUUGUCGAGCGGGGCGUCGUCGUCGUCGUCGUCCGCGCCGGCAACGAGCGCCGUCGCCUUCUCGCCCCCCUCGAAGCCCGGCUUGACGGCGCUGUUCCGUCGGCGCGCCUGCAAAACGGCAACAGGGGAGGGCGGCGGCAACAGGGGCAACGGCUCGGAGGAGCGGAGCGCAGCGCCGAGGAGCAGCCCGAGCCCGCACUGCAACGGACCCCAGGGGGGCGCCUGCGCAAACCAGAGGAGGAGCUUCAGGAGUUUGUUCAGGUCCGUGAGCGCCAACGCGGACCCGGAGAGGACCCAACAGUUCCUCAAGGGCGACCCAAGGCCGUCCGACGUCGCCCCACCCUCGCCCUACCUGCCCCACAGAUCGCACUCGCACUCGGAGAACGACAAGAGGAGGCCAGGGCGGAGCAGGGGGGCGUUGAAGUCGGCCAGCGAGCUUUUGUCCAACGAUAUGGUGUAUUGCGGGUUGGCGAGGGAUAAUCACGGGGACGAGGAGGAGGACGAGGAGGAGGGAGGGGGAGGGGUGGAAGGAGAAGGAGAGGAAGAUCGGGAGUCGAACGAGGUGUUCGUAGGCGUGGACGAUGCCAGGUAUUACAAUCUCUCGUCCAGUAUACCAGGAACGGGUCGAAGAAGACACUCGAUCAGCACUUUCUUGGGCAAGGAGCGAGGCUCUUGUUCUAACAGGCUCGAAAACGUGUCGAGGAAACAGCAGAGCUCGGCCGGUUUGGCGGAGCCUGACGCGAUGGCGCCACCUGUGCCGACGGUUGACAGUGUGGACGGGGAGGAGCGGAGGCCGAGGUCCUGCAGCAGAUCCAGGCGCAGGAGGCAUCGAAGCGCUUCGAGCAAAGGUUCUCGUUCAGCAACCGGGCUAUCAAAGAUCGAUUCGCAUCCCGAAGAUGACGUGCUUUUUGUAUCGAGCAAAGACAGCGAAAUUUCAAGCCUGUGGGUCAAUUAUCUCACCGCUUGUUUCGAGCAGAUCAGUAGGCAACAGGGCCGGCCGCCUUUCAAAGUUCGUCACGUGACGGUGGAAGAAUCGAUACAAGCCGGCACCGAGGAGAGGAUUCGAUCGGCGCGUUUGCAGAUCGUUGUCGUGUGUCCAAUAUUGUUGGAACGAAUUCAAAAUCGUCCGGAACACGCGACGAAUCUCUCCAGACAAUUGAUCACCGACAAAGUGCUCGCGAUGAUGUUAGGUGUACACGAUAACCACAUCAGCGAGCUUCACAAAUCGAUUCUGGUCUCGUAUAAUCAAUGGAGGAAAUUCUUCGUGAAAGACCAGGACGAGACGUUUGUUGGUGAAUUAUUGGGUGCAGCUAUUGGAAUUCUUGGUACCACGCCACCUCCUGCAUUGAGAAGCGACAAAACGGCGUUUUCGGUUCAUCCGAAGAAAGUGAAGUUGGGUCACAAUCGGAUAAUAGCGUUGCUGAAUGAUCCCUUACGACCCGAGGAUAACGUGUCGGUGAUCGUGGAUCGUUGCGGCGAAGCGAUCGACAUCGCCCACGUGAAACGAAGGAAUCCCUACGCCUUGCAAUUCUCCAUUCCUGACAGAUGUUUGGAAGUGUCGAUGCUGGUCGGUGUUCGUAUAUCGAAGAACGGUUGUCCGUUGGGUGUGAGGCAGGUGAAGUGCGAGAGUAGGCUCAGGGAACUCGAUCAGAUCCUCAGGGCUCACGACAAUCCCUUAGAAUUCAUGUGUCAGACAUUCGGCUUCAAUCCUGGUGACAGGGAACAAUUGGAUAAUUGGAUGGUCCACGCGUUUCAACGAAACGUUCCACCGCAUUUCAACCUCCUAUCCACACCCAGUGGAGUGGUCUCUUCUCAGAAAGUCCAUUCGAGUCCUGAAGAAAAUCCGACGUUGCUACACUUUGCCGCCCGUUUCGGUCUGGAACGAUUAGCUUGGCAAUUAUUGGAGUGUCCAGGCGGUGAUAUAGCAUGCGACCUGAGGAACGUGUCGGAACUCACUCCUGCAGAUCUUGCGGAGCAAGCGGGACACGCGAGACUUGCGCAUCAGCUUCGUGGCUACAUGCAAAUGAACGAGUUCACUAACAUGUACAGCUACUUGAAAGUGAUCAGCGAGACCACGACGGAUCAAGCGGCAAGUACGGAACCAUCAACGACUAACACAAUAAAUGAAACCAAUAACGACAAGGAAGAUUAUUGUCGUCCACGACCUUUGAGCGAAGCUUAUUCAGUACCACCGGCCGCAAGACCAAUAACGUCCAUAAUCUUGCCAGGUCAAUUACCAGUAACCACUAGUAACCCCAUUGAAGCGAAUUACUCGAUCGUACCAGCACCAACUCCAGUCAUCGUCAACCCAUCAACACCGACAUCGACGUCGACCAUUACGAAUGGCCUUGAACUUUCUCUUCAAGGUUACAUGAAAAUGCAUCCAGCUGGUUCCAAAACACCAACAUCGAAUAUACCAAAUCAGCAACCAUCCCGAACAGGGACGCCUACGCAGAAUCGUCCAGAUUCUCAUCCCGUGGCUGCUCGAGAGGAGAACAGUCAAUCUUCCUGCUCUUAUGGAAGAACGACUUCCAAUUGCAGCAGUGUGAAAUCGAGGGAGCCGUCCGGACCUCAGGACGAGUUAUUAGAGAUCAUAAAUGACUUCAAGAAUAACGUGUUCACGAUAACAGAAGUGGAGAGAUUGGUUGAGAAUUGGAGGAAUCGUAACGACGUUCAGCAAAGCUUCAAAGACAAACAGAGGCAGCUCACUGCGAUGAGAGAAGAGUAUGAAAGGAUACAGAAAAGAAUGAAAGAAGAGAUGAAGGCUCCAACACCUUUUGAUAGAAUUAAGAAAUUCUUUUCUAAAGGAAAGAAAGAUUCAAAAGAUUCUUCGAAUGGAAGUGACGAUUCUUCUUCAACCAGCAAAACAGAGAAUGUUAAUGGCGCACUGGCCGAUCGCAGACCAGUUAGUAGUUUAAGUCUGCGUAGCGUUUCAAGCUCCUCUUCGUCUGGUAGAAUGAGUACUGCUAGCGGAUGUAGCGGAACUAGUUUAGGCGACAGUGGAACUCAUUCUGAUACCGAGGACCGUCGGUUACAAAAUGUCAGAGAAGACAAACCGAGUGUGAUGUCGUAUGAAAUACCACCAACUCCAAAACCAUUCACUGGAAGAUAUUCACCGGCGCUUAGAUAUUCUCCCUCUCCUCGUUCCUCGACUGGAAACGAUCUUGAUCUGAGACCAUCGCAGACAUCAUCAAGGACUGAGGAUACUGAAUAUUACAUCGCCUUUCCACCUUCGGGAUUACCCAUCCAUUCUUUCAAGACAGAGACUUCUCUGAAGGAACCAAAAACACCAAACUCCCCCUGUGAUCAUCCCAAGUACCUGGAUAUGAUACAAAAUUCAUCUCCAGCAACAACUGAUAUCUUAGAAUCAGACGCAUCUUCUAGACAUCCUGGCAACAGUUAUGCAAACAUAGACCCUACUACGUUGAACUCCGCGCCAGUACCGCCAGCUGGCAUUCCUACAAAUUACGUGAACGUGAGACCCGCUUGCGUCACUUCGUUUCAAGAAACUAUCCAAGGUCAUCAGAUCGAGAGACACUCGCUCGAAUCAAGUCACAUGUGCGAAACUUCAAAAAACUCGUUCAAGGUCGAGACAUCCAAUAAUGGACAAAGUCAAGAUCAUAUCAUGAAUGAAGCCCAAAGUAAAAAUAAUCAAGGUCAUGUUGCGAAUGAAGUCGAAAGUAAAAGCAAUGAGGAAUACGUGGAAACAAAUUUGAUGAAUAAUUCGGAGGACAUGGAUGUGCCAGAUAUCGGUAAACUACCGGAAUAUAUGAAUGUCGAUGUUCCUCAGGAUCACAAAGCCGAUAUAACGAACAUGCCUGCACCUCCCGUUCCACCAAGAGUCAUCGCAAAAAAAUAAAAGGAAAAAAUGAAUACUACAAAUGAAAGCAUUUGCUUUUUGUUCCCGGAAAACCUUAACAAAUGGAUCAACUGAAGUGCUCUCGACAAUCAUUUUUAUUGGAAUAUAACUUCAAAUACUAAAAUGUGUCCUUCGUAAUCGUUAGUAUUAGUAAUAUAUUUAAAUGUAAAUUGUUCGUUUCAAGAUGAUUCGUAUUGGGAAGAAUCUGUAAAAUGUCUUGAAUCUAUAUUCGAAACGCGGCAUGUACAUUUUUUUUUCUUUUUUUCCAAUACUUGGUAAAGCAUGAUUUCAUCUGUAGAUUAUUUUGUGUUAUUGUGUUAUAAUUAACAUAUGUCUAUUAUUAUUCGUUAUUAUUUUUAAACUGCCUCGAAUGCAUUGCGAGAAUAAAAUCGAUGCAUAAAUUAGUUAUUAAUUUGUUGUUGUUAUUAAUACCUAA